UCCCAAGGGAUGGCACCCACCCAAGGCAUCACUCCAACUGGCUGCAAGCCCGGGCCGCUCCCAAGGCCACAGAGCCACAGGGCACACGCCUGGAGCAGAUCAUAUCUCAGCCGUCCUAGAAGUUCAGCAGAUGUCUGCGGCUGCUUUCACCAUAGACAGUAUGAGCACAGCCAUCUUGCUCCUGCUCCUGGCUCUCACCUGUGUGUUCCUGAUGCUCAAUUCAAGGGGCAAGAGCCGGCUGCCCCCAGGCCCUAGGCCUCUCCCACUCCUGGGAAACCUGCUGCAGCUUCGCUCCCAAGACAUGCUGACUUCUCUUACCAAGCUGAGCAAGGUCUAUGGCUCGGUGUACACAGUGUACCUGGGGCCCAGACGCGUAGUGGUCCUCAGCGGGUACCAAACCGUGAAGGAGGCCCUUGUGGACCAAGGGGACGAUUUUAGUGGCCGUGGCGACUACCCCACCUUUCUCAACUUCACUAAGGGCAAUGGCCUCGCCUUCUCCAAUGGGGACCGGUGGAAGGCCCUGAGGAGGUUCUCCAUCCAGAUUCUGCGGAACUUCGGGAUGGGUAAGAAGAGCAUCGAGGAGCGGAUCCUGGAGGAAGGCCGCUUCCUGCUGGCAGAGCUACGGAAAACUGAAGGCAAGCCCUUCGACCCCACGUUCGUGCUCAGCCGCUCGGUGUCGAACAUCAUCUGCUCCGUGAUCUUCGGCAGCCGCUUUGACUACGACGAUGAACGUCUGCUCACCAUUAUCCGCCUCAUCAAUGACAACUUCCAAAUCAUGAGCACCCCCUGGGGAGAGUUGUACAACGUCUUUCCAAGCGUCCUGGACUGGUUACCUGGGCCGCACCGACGCCUUUUCCGGAACUUCGGGCGCAUGAAGGACCUCAUCGCCCGCAGCGUCCGCGACCACCAGGACUCCCUCGACCCCAGCUCUCCCCGCGACUUCAUCGAUUGCUUCCUCAGCAAGAUGGCACAAGAGAAGCAAGACCCGCACAGCCACUUCCACAUGGAUACCCUGCUGAUGACCACACAUAACCUGCUCUUUGGGGGCACCGAGACCGUGGGCACCACGCUGCGCCACGCCUUCCUUGUGCUCAUGAAGUACCCAAAAGUGCAAGCCCGCGUACAGGAGGAGAUCGACAGCGUUGUGGGACGGGCGCGGCUGCCGGCGCUGGAGGACCGGGCGGCCAUGCCUUAUACAGAUGCGGUGAUCCACGAGGUGCAGCGCUUCGCAGACGUCAUCCCCAUGAACUUGCCGCACCGCGUCACCCGGGACACAGCCUUUCGCGGCUUCCAGAUACCCAAGGGCACGGAUGUCAUUACCCUCCUUAAUACAGUCCACUAUGAUCCCAGCCAGUUCCUGACGCCCCAGGAAUUCAACCCUGAGCAUUUUCUGGAUGCCAAUCAGUCCUUCAAGAAGAGCCCUGCCUUCAUGCCCUUCUCAGCCGGUCGCCGAGUGUGCCUGGGCGAGUCGCUGGCGCGCAUGGAGCUCUUCCUCUACCUCACCGCCAUCCUGCAGAACUUCUCGCUGCAGCCGCUGGGGGCGCCCGAGGACAUCGACCUGACGCCGCUCAGCUCCGGGCUCGGCAACUUACCGCGGCCUUUCCAGGUGUGCCUGCGCGCGCGCUGACGCCGCGGCCCUUCCAGAUCCGCCAGGGGGCCGGGAGGCCCGCCGUGGGGCUGGCGCCGUCCUCUUCUCGUUCCAACUGUGCCCGUGAUCCCUCUCGCUGUCACGCUCGCUUCCCCGCACCUGAGCCUGCCGCCUACCGGUCCGUCCGCGCCCCCAUCUCGACCUGGUCGGCGCCCCCCAGAAGCAGAGAAGCGCAAAGGGAAGGGGAAGUGCUUGCCUCGUUCCUAUUGCGCGCCCUCUUGGGGGCCGUUUGUUGAAUCAUUUUCUAGUAAAUUGUAAAAGAUU